UUUGAGAAUCGCGAUUCGAUUCUCACCACGAAAGAAGCACAGCCUCAAACUAACCAAAAUCGCGUUUCGAUUCUCACCACAAAAGAAGCGCAGCCUCAAACAAACCAACUGUAUUGCAGAUAUUUCAGAAACCCCUGGAAUUCUUAAGCCCAAGGAUUCAUCUGAAUUCGACCAAAACCUCAACUUUUUGAAAAAUAAGCUUGCCCCAGAUAACUUAAUCCGGGCUCUGGACCGUACAAGCGAUUUGAACUCGGCAGUGAGGAUAUUCAAAUGGGCUUCAAGGCAGAAGAGUUUUCACCACACUUCCAACACUUAUUUCAGGAUAAUUUUGAAACUGGGUAUGGCCGGGAAAGUUUUGGAAAUGAGGGAUUUUUGUGAAUACAUGGUUAAGGAUAGGUGCCCAGGUGCUGAAGAAGCUCUUGUGGCAUUGGUUCAUACAUUUGUGGGGCAUCGUAGGAUUAAAGAAGCUAUUGCAGUCUUAGUGAAUAUGAAUUUGGGUGGUUAUAGGCCCCCAAUUGAAGUUUUUAAUGUUUUAUUGGGUGCUCUUGUGGGAGGAGAGAGUAGAGAUUUUCAAAGUGCCUUGUUUGUUUAUAAAGAGAUGGUGAAGGCAUGUGUGUUACCUACAGUUGACACUUUGAAUUAUUUGUUGGAGGUUUUGUUCGCCACCAAUCGGAAUGAGUUGGCUUUACAUCAAUUUAAAAGAAUGAACAAUAAAGGGUGUGAUCCAAAUAGUAAGACCUUUGAGAUUCUUGUGAAGGGUCUCAUUGAAAGGGGUCGAGUGGAUGAAGCUGCUACUGUUUUAGAGCAAAUGCUCAAACACAAAUGUCAACCUGAUUUGGGUUUUUAUACUUGUAUUAUACCUCUCUUUUGCAGAGAAAAUAAAGUAGAGGAGGCUGUGAAGUUGUUUAAAAUGAUGAAAGAUUCCGAUUUUGUACCCGAUUCUUUCAUUUAUGAGGUUCUAGUACGGUGCUUUUGCAACAACUUGCAGUUGGAUUCUGCUGUAAGCCUCAUAAAUGAGAUGAUAGAAAUUGGUAUGCCACCAAAACAUAAUGUUCUUGUAGAUAUGAUGAAUUGCUUUUGUGAAUUAGGGAAAAUUAAUGAGGCAAUAAUGUUUUUAGAAGAUACACAAGUUCAUGAAACUGCUCCUUUCAAUACAUUGCUCGAAGGUUGCUGCAAUGCUGGUGAGGUUCUGGCAGCAAAUGUUCUGCUUGAGACAAUGUCUGAGAGAAACAUAGCUGAUUGCCAAUCUUGGAAUAUUCUCAUUAGAUGGCUUUGUGAGAAUGAAGAGACCAACAAGGCAUAUAUACUUCUUGGCAGAAUGAUAAAAUCAUUUGUUAUUCUUGACCAUGCAACAUAUUCUGCACUUGUAGUUGGGAAGUGUAGAUUGGGCAAGUAUGAAGAAGCAAUGGAACUAUUUCAUCAAAUUUAUGCCAGAUGCUGGGUUUUAGAUUUUGCCUCUUAUUCUGAACUUGUUGGUGGCCUCAGUGACAUCAAGCAUUCUCAAGAUGCCAUUGAAGUGUUUCACUAUAUGUCAAUGAAGAGAUGCUCUCUUCAUUCCUUGUCCUUCUACAAGUUGAUAAAAUGUGUAUGUGACUCAGGACAGGUCAACCAAGCCAUAAGACUAUGGCAAUUAGCUUAUUUUUGUGGUAUUUCAUGCUGUAUUGCCACACACACGACUAUCAUGCGUGAGCUGUCAAAAUCAAGAAGGGCAGAAGAUCUGUUAGCAUUCCUGUCACAAAUGUUGAUGGUAGGGAGCAAUCUUGAUUUGGAAGCAUAUUGUAUACUUUUUCAAAGCAUGAGUAAACACAAUAAAGUAAAGGAAUGUGUUUUAUUUUUCAAUAUGAUGGUCCAUGAAGGUCUAAUACCUGAUCCGGACAGACUAUUUGAUCAACUUUCAUUCAUAGCCAAUCAUUCUCAGUUAUCUAUGAUUCCUAGUGCAAUUGAUAGAAUUUCUGAUGGUGACAUUUUGAAUCCAGCAAUGUUUGGCUUACUGAUAACUGCCUUGCUGAAAGAGGGUAAGGAACAUGAGGCUCGUCGAUUACUGGAUUUGAUGUUAGAAAAAGGUUGGCUCCCUGAUGCAACCACUCAUAAUUUAUUGAUUGGAUCUGAUGUUAGAGAAAGAAGCCAAGCAAUGUUGUUUGAUAAUUCUGCCUCACUGGAUUCUGUAAGCAAUAUACUUGCAGAAGGCCUUGGAGAUCCAUGAAACUUCAGCAUUCCAUAAAAAGAAUCUUAAUUGCUUAAUGUGCCAGCUCCAUCACGAGUGCUGCUAUCAAGGAUUGUUUUUUCAGCACCUAGCCUUGCAGCAAUAAAAACAAUUGUCUCACUGACAAUUCUUUCAAGAGACGCAGAUGGGCAGAUGUUAGCUUUGUCAGAUUUAUUUGCCACGCUCUACUUGAUGACUUUUCAUUACUCUACAUCUAUGUUAAUUUGACAAUGCUACCUAUCAACUGCUGUUUAAAAGAGUUAUUUUUUGUGGUCAGAGCCACUAUGGUUCAUUGUCUUUUUACUUAUUGAGUGUUCUGAUGCCCCAUGCUAUAUUUAGCUGAAGGGGAUGUUCAGAUUGCUGGAAAGCUACUAACUGCUGAUUGCUGAUUUAAUCAAGCUGCCAACUGAAUGAGGGUGGUGUUAAUCAAAUUCAAGGGAAUAUCUGUACUUGAAGAAAGACUAUCUGUACUUAAUAUAAAAUGAUUUCAUGACGAGCCA